AUGACAGAAAACAGCGACCACCUCACCAAACCCAACAAGAGAAAGCGCUCCUGUCUCAUUGCAAUUGGGGUUGUCCUCUUCUUAAUCCUGCUGCUCUUCAUCAUUGCCUUGAUCUUGGCCUUAACUGUGUUCAAGACCAGACAGCCAAUAACCCAGAUCCUGUCUGCAUCUGUCGACGGCGUGGCUCCUCGUGUCUCAUUCCCCGCCGUUCAGAUUGAGCUCAACAUCACUCUCGACCUCAUGAUCCUUGUGGAGAACAGAAACCACGCCAGCUUCAAGCAUGGCACUGGCAAGACUUUUCUUCUGUACCAAGGCAACCAGGUAGGUGAUGCUGACUUGUACCCGGGUUUUAUCCCAUCGAGGGGCAACUCCACGCUGCCAUGCCGCCUUACGCUGCAGGCGGACCGGCUGGCGAACAACAUGAGCAACUUGAUCAGUGAUCUGCUUGGUGGUGAGUUUGUGUUGGAAACACGUACGAGGAUCCCGGGCAGGGUUACCCUCCUGGGGUUCAUCAAGAAGCAUGCUGUGGCUGUAUCUGAGUGCCAAUUGACUAUUGGUUUUCCUGACAUGAAGGUGAAGAGGCAAGUUUGUAAAAGCAAGGCCAAGUUGUGA